AUGUCAAGUGAAGGAGAAUUAAUACCCACAGGCGAAGAUGAGCAAUCCACUUAUCAUCAAUCAUCGUUCGAUCGAAAAAACAGCUACGAUCCCGAGACGGGAAUUUACCAUUCAGUCCUCCAACUUAAUGAACAACACAAAAUGUCCAAUGACUAUUCUAACCUUGACACAGCCAAAUUUGUAUUGUCACAAUUUCCAUCCCCUGCACAAGCAAUGUCACAAAUUGCAUUAAUUGACUCUUCUACUAACCAAAAAAUAACCUACACACAACUCAACAGGUCCAUUUUAUCACUUGCCACGGGUUUAUAUCGCGUGUUAGGUGUGCGAAAGGGCGAUGUAAUUUUCUUGCUAUCGUCAAAUUCAAUAAUAUACCCAACUAUUUGUCUAGCUAUACUUUCAAUAGGUGCAAUUUUAUCCCCUGCAAAUCCACUCAACACUGAAUCAGAAAUUGGCAAACAAGUACGUCUAUCGCGCGCGAAAUUAGCCAUUGCUGCACCUGAAGAAGCUCAUAAAUUAGUCCACACAGGUGUGCCUACGCUUCUCACAACAACGCGAUCCAACGAUGAAAAUUCGAUUUCAGUACAAGAGUUGAUUGAAAAUUGUGACCCUUUAGAACUACCUAAACAACGUCCAAUGCCUUUGGACACAGCAGCAAUACUAUACUCUUCAGGAACUACUGGUGUUAGUAAAGGUGUCGUAUUAACACAUGCAAAUUUCGUUGCGAUUAUGAAACUUCUUAAGUACUAUGUUGAGGCAACGUCGUCUCAGGACGACGUUUUCCUCUGUUUUGUACCGAUGUUUCAUGUUUACGGUCUAGCAUUUUUCGGGAUCGGGUUAUUUUGUUCGGGUGUAACAACAGUUUUGAUGCAAAAAUUUGAUUUGCAAGGUAUGUUGGAAGCAAUUCAGACACAUAAAAUUAGUCACAUUCCAGCAGUUCCACCAGUGAUUCUUGGACUAGUUAAGUAUAAUAAAGGUAGUUACUAUGAUUUAUCAUCAUUGCGAAGCGUUACCUCGGGGGCCGCACCACUAAGCAAAGAGGUAGCUGAUGCGUUCCGAGAGAAGUUCCCUUGGGUGGAACUCAAGCAAGGCUAUGGCCUAACCGAGACAACGGGUGCAGCAACAUUUUUUGUGAACUACGAAGAGGCAAAAGCCCGUCCAUCCUCGGUAGGAGUGUUGUUUCCGGGCUUCUCCGCGAAGGUAAUUAAUCAUGAAACAGGGGAGGCGUUGCCGCCAUUUAAAGAAGGUGAAUUGUGGUUGAAAGGUCCAGGAAUUAUGAAAGAGUAUUUUGGAAAUGAAGAAGCAACUAGUGCAACAAUCACUAAAGAUGGAUGGCUCAAAACUGGUGAUCUUUGUUAUUUUGAUGACAAAGGGUAUUUAUACAUUGUUGAUAGAAUAAAGGAACUCAUCAAGCAUAAUGGUUAUCAGGUAGCUCCAGCAGAACUUGAAGCAAUAUUAUUGAGUCACCAUGAGAUACUUGAUGCAGCCGUUGUCCCACUAGAAGAUGAGGAGGCAGGACAAAUACCAUUGGCAUAUGUUGUAAGAGCAGCCAGUUCUGGUCUCACACAAGACCAAGUCAUUCAAUUUGUUUCUAGUCAGGUAGCGCCAUACAAGAAAGUAAGAAGGGUUAAUUUCAUCAAUGCCAUACCAAGAUCAGCAGCAGGGAAAAUUUUGAGGAAGGAAUUG